AUGUCGGACAACCAAGAAGACCAAGACGAGGAGGUCUUUGGUGAGGACGACACCGACGUUCGCACGAGCUCUCGGUGGGAGAAAAAGAAGGAGAAAAGAGAGGAGGAGAAGUAUGCACUCUCUGAACUCAUCGGGAUCGGUUCGUUUGGGGCGGUGUACAAAGCGUCCAUGAUGCGAACGGAGAAAGACGAGAAAGAGGACGACGACGACGAAGAAGUCGCGAUAAAGAUACUCCCGUUCUUCGACAACAACAGUAACAAGAAAUUAACACCGAUUGAAGACGAAGAGAACGACGACGACGCGUUGAUGAAACAACAAAAAGAUGGCAUGAGGCGAGACAUCGAGAAAGAAAUCGAAGUCUUACACGCGUCCAAGCACGAAAACGUGACGAAAUACUUCAAGUCGUUCGUCACCUCGAACUGUUCGCAAGUCUGGAUCGUCAUGGAAUUCUGCGGCGGAGGAAGUGUGCGAGACAUUUUGAACGCGUUUUUAGUGUCUAAAGUGGUGAAUAAAGGGUUCAGGGAGGAUGUCGUCGCGUACGUCUGCUUCGGCGCGUUGAGCGGAUUGCAGUAUUUACACGAGAACGGGAGGAUACACAGGGACAUCAAGUGCGGGAACAUCUUGUUGACGAGACGAGGGGAGGUGAAACUGGCGGAUUUUGGAGUGGCGACGCAGUUACAAGAAGGCGCGAACGAACGCGCGAAGACGUUUGUUGGGACGCCGCAUUGGAUGGCGCCGGAGGUGAUUUCGAGCGAAGGCAAUAAUGGUGGCGGAGGAGAAGAAAAAAGCGAUAGCGGUACAGACAAAAGGAGCAAACAAUUCUCGAGAUCGUCGUCAUCGUUCGGCCAAGGGUACGAUGGUAAAGCGGACGUGUGGGCUUUAGGUAUCUCCGCCAUCGAAAUGGCCGAGAUGCAUCCUCCGCGACAUGACGUGCACCCCAUGCGAGUAAUCUUUCAAAUCGCCGUGGACGCCAGCCCGGAGUUGAACCGCAGGGGCGAAUGGUCCUUAGCUUUUCACGAUUUUAUCGCGCAAGCGUUGAAACGAGAUCCGCGAGGCCGAGCGAGCGCGCAAGCGCUGAAACGACACGAGUUCUUUAAGAAUGCAAAGAUUAAAGCAGGAGGUGAUUGGCGCCUGGCGAGGCGAGUUUUAGUCGAAGAGUUGAUUCCUUUGGGAGUAUUGCAUAAGAAGGAAAAGUUAGAGGAAAAGUACGGCGGGUUGGAUCCAAACGUCGACGCAUACAUGACGCUUUUGAUGAAAGGUGCCUUAGGUGGAGGGGGACAACGUCGAUUGUCACAGUACAGUAACAAAGAGGGCUCGGAUUACUCGUCCUCGGAUACGUUACGGAAAAGCAACAGCGGCUCGGAUAUCAGAGAUUACGGCACGAUGAUUUAUAGGAGCAAUCGAUCGGUCGGAAGCGUUGGCCGGAACGCGAAGGAAGAUAAAAUGUCGAAAACACACGCGGCACCGCCGCUAGUUCUCUCGUCUUCGUUACCUCACAAGCACCACCACGGAGAGAACAAAACGUCGGCGGAAAUUUUAUCCGCCGCGCUCAACGACCCGUCCAUUCUGAAUAAAGUCAACGAAGACUCCUCGACGGGAGAAGCAUCGACCUCUCUUCUCGCGCAAGACCAGCUCAAAUCCGGCUUGCCGAUCGAAGAACUUCAGCGAAUGGUUCUAGGCCGCGACGAGAAAGAAGACGUCGACCGCGAAAGACUUCGAUUAAAAGCCAUAAAGAACUUUCAAAAAGACGCGCUCCUUCGCGAGUGCUUAGAGUUUGCCAGAACGAGGAAGACCGCGGACUUAGGCGCGCACGACGUUAAAGAUCACGCCUUGGUCGCGUCCGCCGCUCGCCAAUUCUUCAAACUCUUUGGAUUACUCGACGAUAACGAGAGAUAUAACAAUUCAGAAAACUCGGACGACCUCGAGAGCGAGGACGAAACCGAAGACGCCAAACGUUUGUUAGACCGAGCGUCGGACAUCGAAAAAGAACUCCACUCCAACUCGCAUUCGCCUUUUGAUUUUUAA